GCUAAAUGUAUGUAACUGUGUGAAAUAUGAUUGAAUUUGAUUAUGUAGCGUUUCAAGUUUAUUGAGUGAUCAACUGUAGGAAGUACUGUCUUUAUCAAUACGAUUGAUCCCCUACCCUGAAUUGGAAUUGGCUUCUUCAGUCAGUUCUUGAAGUUAGUUUUAGAAUAUGAUCGUUUCCUUGAUUUUCCUGAAGUAAGUUUUGUCAGCUUUAAAGUCUGGCCAGGAAGGUCACAAAUUUUGGGGUCAAUUUACUUGAUGAGGGUUCUGGUAUAUCUUUUGCACUUGAAAGCUUUUGAUAGAUUGUGAUUGUUGGUGAAGUCUUAUCACAGAAAGGAAAAGAAAGUUGUUUUUUCCAAUCUUUCAACCCUUACAUUUUAUAUCCUUCCCUAGUUUUCGUGGCUGGCUCUGACUUGAAUGCAGUUAUAGCUCUUUAUAUUUGAGAUGACUAAGGGAUAUUUUGAAGUUUCCUCGUAUUUUUAUAGAGGAGAUUGGGGGUUUCACCUUUUUCCUUAGUUUAUCUUAUCUUUGAAUGUGUAAUUGGACUAGUUGCACUUGUGUAUCAUGUGUCAAACUUUCAUUUACGAUGUUCUUAUAAGCUCAAGUGUUUGGACAGAUAGUUACAACGUUUUAUUUGGUAGACCUUAUGUUAAUGUUUCCCUCUCAUGUUUCUUGUUCCUUCAAGUUGUAAUCUUUACUUUGCGAUUUGAGGGCUUCAUAUUUCACUGUUUCCAGAAACACUCCUUGAAAUGCUGUUUACUGUACUGAUUAUUUGAACUGGUUUUUAUCAUUCCAAUUCCAGAAUAUGGCGCUAUACCGUAGCACUCAGUCAAUACGAAGAGUAAUUGCCAACGCUCAGAAAUUGUCAUGGAAUUCUUUUUCAGCAGCCUGCAAUUCUUCCUACAGCAGUUGCUACAACGAAACUAGUGAUAAUGUGCCUUCCAUCUACUUUAGAAGGCCAUUUGUGUCUACUACUCCCCUUCUGAAUGUUUCAAGUCAUGACAAUCCAGGGCCAUCUGACACAUCAUUACCUCCGCUCCAUGGGGGGCCUUCGUACAUGCGUGGUGCAGUGUUUUGGGAACCCAACAAACCCCUCACUUUUGAAGAUUUUCACAUGCCCCGUCCAAAAGCUAAUGAAAUCCUUAUCAAGACCAAGGCCUGUGGAGUAUGUCACUCAGAUUUGCACGUAAUAAAAGGUGAACUUCCGUUUUCAAGCCCGUGUGUUGUGGGGCAUGAGAUUACUGGUGAGGUCGUUGAACAUGGUGCUCUCACUGACUCAAAAAUCAUUGAAAGAUUUCCCAUCGGCGCACAAGUUAUUGGAGCUUUUAUAAUGCCUUGUGGAAGUUGUUUCUUUUGCUCUAAGGGUCAAGAUGAUUUGUGUGAGUCAUUCUUUGCAUAUAAUCGAGCAAAAGGAACUCUUUAUGAUGGUGAAACUCGUCUGUUUCUCCGUAGUAAUGAUAAACCAGUAUACAUGUACAGUAUGGGAGGUCUUGCUGAGUACUGUGUUGUUCCAGCACAUGGAUUGGCUGUUUUACCUAAUUCAUUACCAUACACAGAGUCUGCUAUUCUAGGGUGUGCAGUUUUUACUGCCUAUGGAGCAAUGGCACAUGCUGCGCAGGUGCGUCCUGGUGAUGCCAUUGCUGUGAUUGGCAUAGGUGGUGUUGGCUCAAGUUGUUUGCAGAUAGCACGAGCAUUUGGGGCAUCUGAGAUUAUUGCUGUGGAUGUCCAAGAUGAUAAGUUGCAGAAAGCAUUAACACUUGGAGCCACUCACACCAUUAAUGCGCGCAAUGUGGAUGUUGCCAAAACAAUUAAAGAACUUACUGGAGGGAUGGGGGUGGAUGUUGCCGUAGAAGCCUUGGGCAGACCUCAGACAUUUAACCAAUGUGUUCAGAGUGUUCGAGAUGGAGGAAAAGCUGUUAUGAUAGGUCUUACACUUUCUGGAGCAAAAGGCGAGGUUGACAUAAACCAUCUGGUUCGUCGUCAGAUAAAGGUUGUUGGAUCUUAUGGGGGUCGGGCAAGGCAAGAUUUGCCCAAGUUGAUUAAACUAGCUGAAAGCGGCAUCUUCAAUCUUAAAGCAGCUGUCUCAAGAAAAUGCAAAUUCGAAGAGGCUGACCAGGCAUACAAAGACCUUGAUAAAGGAAGCAUUGUUGGGCGUGCUGUUGUCGAGAUCAUGUAG